CGACAUCAUGGCGGCGAUCAUGCGCGCUCUCGAGCGCGCGAGCGGCCUCCGCGGCCUCCGCGCCUCCAUCGCGCCGAUCGCGUCCAGAGGCAUGGCCGUGGACGUCGCCGCGGACCGCGUCCACGGCGGGCUGAAGGACGAAGAUCGCAUCUUCACGAACCUCUACGGCAAGCACGAUCCGUUCCUCAAGGGCGCGAUGAAGCGCGGGGACUGGUACAACACGAAGGACCUCAUGCUCAUGGGGCCGGACUGGAUCGUGAACGAGAUCAAGGCGUCGGGGUUGCGAGGACGCGGCGGCGCCGGGUUCCCGUCCGGGCUCAAGUGGUCGUUCAUGCCCAAGGUCUCCGACGGCCGUCCGUCGUACCUCGUGAUCAACGCGGACGAGUCCGAACCCGGGACGUGCAAAGACCGCGAGAUCAUGCGUCACGACCCGCACAAACUCCUGGAAGGCUGCCUCAUCGCCGGCACCGCCAUGCGCGCGCGCGCGUGCUACAUCUACAUCCGCGGCGAGUACGUCAACGAGCGCCUCAACCUCGAGCGCGCGAGGGACGAGGCCUACGCGGCGGGCUACCUCGGAAAGAACGCGUGCGGCUCGGGGAUCGACUUCGACAUUAACAUUCACUACGGCGCGGGCGCGUACAUCUGCGGCGAGGAGACCGCGCUCAUCGAGUCCCUGGAAGGGAAGCAAGGGAAGCCGAGGCUCAAGCCGCCGUUCCCGGCCGGGGUGGGGCUGUACGGAUGCCCGACGACGGUGACGAACGUGGAGACGGUGGCGGUGGCGCCGACCAUCUUGCGCCGCGGCGCGGAAUGGUUCUCAUCCUUCGGGCGCAAGAACAACGCCGGCACGAAGCUGUUCUGCAUCUCCGGGCACGUGAACAAGCCGUGCACGGUCGAGGAGGAGAUGAGCAUUCCGCUGAAGGAGCUCAUCGAGAAGCACUGCGGCGGCGUGCGAGGCGGGUGGGAUAACCUACUCGCGAUCAUCCCGGGGGGGUCCUCCGUGCCGCUCAUCCCGAAAAAGAUUUGCGAGGAGGUGCUCAUGGAUUUCGACUCGUUGAAAUCCGCGCAGAGCGGGCUGGGGACCGCCGCGGUGAUCGUGAUGGACAAGUCCACGGACGUCGUCGACGCGAUCGCGCGGUUGUCGUACUUUUACAAGCACGAGUCGUGCGGGCAGUGCACGCCGUGCCGCGAGGGCACCGGGUGGCUCUACAACGUCAUGGAACGCAUGAAGAAGGGGGACGCGCGACUGGAGGAGAUCGACAUGCUUCAGGAGCUCACGAAGCAGAUCGAGGGGCACACGAUCUGCGCGUUGGGCGACGCCGCGGCGUGGCCGGUGCAAGGGUUGAUUCGGCACUUCAGGCCGGAGCUCGAGGCGAGGAUCAACGCGCAGCCGAGCGCCGAACAGAUCGCGGCGUGAGGCGCGCGUCGGCGGCGGGCGGUUCGAAUUCAAACGCCGCCGUCGACGCGCCCGCGUCGCUGUACCUUCUUGUAACUACUUGAAACGACAUCUCUUCUUUGCCAUCAAACAAAAAUACACAUGUGAUGCUAUACGACGCGCUCUCCUCUCGCCCUCGUCCCACGGCGCGGCGUUCGCUCGCGACCACCGCAGCGCGUCCACCCGAGGCGGCGACUCGUUCUCCUCCUCUCCGAAUGAAUUCAGCGCGCGUCUUCCUUCAUCGCGAGCGCAUCACCGCGCCGCGGAGACGAGAUCGACGCCGCGACGCCGCGCUCUCGAUCGUCGUCUCCGCGAGGCGAGACGCGUCCGUCUCGCGUCACCACGCGUCACCGCUCACUUCUUCGCG